UACCUUUGUAGUUAGGCAGUUUGUUCCAUGCUAUCAGCUUAUCAUGCAGUUCCAGCCCAGCGACUUGUGACACCUGGAGACUCCCGUCCUUUGCCAUUUACAACACUCUCUCAUGUUAGAUUUCCCGCCCCUUCCAUAACAGCAACACCUCAAACACAACUACGGCGAACAAGACUUCGAUACUGCAACUCUUGCGACCCUGCAAUCCACACACAUCUCGAUUCGCGUUGUGCCGACCAAUUCACAGUCCCACGCAGUCCGAAGUCUGAAGUCCGAUACUCGCCCUGUGACGACAUCCUUAAGAACCCUCACCCCUUUCUGGCUCUGCACCACAAUCAGGUCGCCAAAACCAACGACACUACAGCGGGCCCAACCAAAGCAAGCCCUAUCCGCCUACCGGUAUUAAUACCCAGCCAUCAGUCGCGAUCGCCCUAGACAUCCUGCCAAAAUGAGUUCGCCCCGCCGCCGCAUCGAGACUGACGGUAGGCUCAUGAGCGACUAUGAGGUCACUCUGGUGAAUGACAAUACAAGGCAAGAGUUCUACGUGCGCUUUAAGGGACCCGCCGAAACUCCCUUCGAAGGCGGCGUCUGGAAAGUCCAUGUCGAGCUCCCCGAUCAAUACCCCUACAAGUCGCCGAGCAUCGGCUUCGUGAACCGAAUCUUCCACCCCAACAUCGACGAACUGUCUGGAUCAGUCUGCCUGGAUGUCAUCAACCAGACGUGGUCGCCCAUGUUUGAUAUGAUCAACAUCUUCGAGGUUUUCCUGCCGCAACUUCUACGUUAUCCGAAUCCUACCGAUCCCCUCAACGGCGAGGCCGCUGCCCUGUUGAUGCGGGAGCCUAAGAGCUACGAUUCGAAAGUAAAGGAAUACGUCCAGAAAUAUGCUAGCAAGGAUGCAGCGGAUGACGCCGGCGAAGAGACUGAGGAUGAUGACGACAUGUCGUCUGUGGCAAGCUUUGGGGACGAAGAUGACGAGCCUGCCGGACAGAUGGACGACGUAUAGCUGAACGCUGCCCUUUCUUUCGCUGCAUUUUCAGGGUUAAGGGAGUUCAUGCGGUUAACGGUCGGUCAUCAUUUACGGGCAGUCGUUGCUCGCCGGAGUUGCACAGGAUUAAGCGCCCCUGGGUUGGUUUUCGCUGACCUCCGUUGGGAAUGGAGUCAGUUGGCUUCUGAAGACAGAUGCACGAGGAGGAGAGAAGGCGGAGAUGUGAUCACGAAAGAGUUGAUGAUGUACACCUAUGGAUCGUGACCAAUCAACCUCAAACAACACAUGAGCCAGCCCUGCGGAUCGAGUCCCCUGGUUUGGCAAAUGAUAGAUAGUGAGAGCUUUCGGGCCAUUGCCAGCUCAAGAGAGCAACAGCCCCUCAAGCCCCGUCGUCCGUGACAAAACGGUCUUUG